AUGGAAAGCCCUGAAGAGUUGCGUGCUGAAAAUGCCCGGCUGCAAACGGAGAUGUCGGCCAUGAAAAAGAAGAUCAUGGCUGCUCUCAAGAAGCAGCAAGCAGAUCUUGCCGCAAAGCUUGAAGCAGCCGAGCUCCGAGCCACCACAGCCGAAGCUGCUUUGGCUCAGGCUCAGGCAGGGACAAGGGGCCCUGACAACAACCAAAUCGAGGAUCUGUCGAAGAAAUGUGAGGCGCUUGAGGCGCAAUUGCUCACCGCUGCCGCCAAGAUAUCGGAGAGCCAGACUGUGGCUACAGCUGCGCAGGAAGAGGGGGAGCGCCUUCGGAAGAAGCUGAGCGAGGUCACGCAAGACAAAGAUGCCCACUUUAAGAUGCUUGAGGGGUUGCAACAGCAGUUGCAGGAGGCCAGUGCUCAGAGAAGCACGGCAGAGGAUUAUGCAAACAGCAUAAAGGAAAAAGCCAGGCAGCGGCUUUCGCAGGCCAGGGCGGAACUGGAGGCAAGAGCAGCAAAGGAGCAGGAGUUGCUGGGCAGAGUGGCGGAACUGGAGAAGAAGACUCAGGGCCAGGACGUCUCCGAUCAGGUUGCAGAUCUGAAGGCAGCCAAUCAACGGCUGCUUGCUGACAUUGAAAACCUGGAACAAGGACGUGACUUGAUGGCUGGGCAAGUCAAUGAAGUCCAGAAACAAGCGCAAUCCCGGUUGAUGCAGCUAGAGAGGCAGGUGCAAGAUCUGACGAAGGCCAAAGAGCAGGCUGAGGAGGUACUGGCAGAACACAAGGUGGCAGCACACGAGGACGAGGUUCUGAAAAAGGGGCUUGCUGAAGCCCAGGACCUAGCGGCACGCAGUGCUCGGGCGAAGGCGGACGCUGAGAACAAGUUGGCAGUCCUGGAGGAGCAGGUGAGGCACCUGGAGCAGGCCCGCCGAACCGCAGAGGAGGCGGCGGGCGCCGUGAGCUCGCUGGAGGCGUCUAAAGCGGAGCUGCAGGGCCAGGUCGGGAGCAGCAUGGCUGCACUGGCUGAAUCCAACACGCGCAUUGGACAGCUGAGCGUCAUCGUCCAGAAGCUUGAGGAGGAGAACCGGCAGGCAGUCAAGGAGGCAGACGAUGCGCGAGCGGCGCUGUCGGCAGAGCUGAAGAAGCGGGAUGAGGAGAUUGGCCAAGGACGGGGGCGGCUGGAGGAAUUGGAGCAGCAGCUGAGGGACGCGCUGUGCCAAGUGGCGGAGAAAGAGAGCCUGGAGACGGUGGUUGAGGGGCUGGAGAAGCAGCUGCAGCACGCACGAGGGGAGUGUGAGAGGCUGAGGAGGGAGCAGGAAGAUGUAGCUAACGAGCGGACGGAGGCGCAGAAAGAGAUGGAGUCAAGACGGGGCAGUGAGGUGGCAGCCCUGGAAGAGCAACUCCAAGCCAAGGAGGCUGAGCUGGGGAAGGUGGUGGCUGACUUGGAGGCAGAGAGACAGAAGGCGAAGAAGUUGGUAGAAGAGAGGAAUGUGAGCGCUGAAGCCGCGGCCAAGGAGGUGGCUGAUCUCAAAGCGGACUUGGAGGAGGCUCGGAGAGCUUCAGAGGGCGCCGGUGCCCAGCUUCAGGAACUGCAACGGCGUCUGAAGGAGACGGGGGUGAAGGCAAAGGAAAGCGAGGCUGCAAGCAAAGAGGUGAAUGAACUGAGGGCAGAGUUGGAGGGGGCGAGGAAGUCUUUGGAAGAAGCAAGCACCCAACUUCGGGACUUGAAGAGCAGCUCAGAAGCAGCGGGUCAGAAAACGGAGGAGUUGGAGCGGGUGAAACAGGAAGGAGCGAGGGCCAAGGAAGAGGCGCUGGCAUUGAAGGCCGCAUUGGACAGUGCGCAGAGGGCUCUGGCUGAGUUGGAGACUGGGGCUGCUGCAAAGCAAGAGGAAGCACUGAGUCAGAUGGUGGAGCUGAAGGAGAAGUACGAAGGGCUGCAGGGGAAUAUGGCGGCGUCGGCGGAGAAGUACGGGGCUCUUUCGAGCGAGCAUGAGAAGGCAAAGAACGAAGUGGAAAGACUGGAGACUGUGCUGAGGGAGGCCGAAGGGGCAGCGAAGGCAAAUGCGGAGCUGGAGGGCCAGCUUGAAACAGCGAGAGCGGAAGUGGCACAACUGAAGACGGAGGUGCAGGCGGCGGAAGAGGAGCAAUCUAAGUUGCAGGCGGACCUGGCGAAGAUGCAAGCUAGAGGCACAGAGGAGCACGGAGCCGCUGAGGCUCUGUUGCGCGCGCUGGAGGAAGAAAAGGCACAAUUGGCUGCAGCCCUGGAGACAGCAAAGGAGGCGGGGGCCACUUGGGAGAAGGAGAAUGCUGACACGGAGCAGAAGAGCCUGCUGGAGGUGCAGGCUGUGAGGGUGCGUCUAGAGGCGGCGGAGAAGGAAGUAGCGGCAAAGGGGGAAGUGGAGGACACCCUACGGAAGCAGCUUGGGGACUUGAAAGCCAAGGCAAAGAGCAUGAUUGAGGGGGCAAAGCAAGAGGGGCGAAGCCUGGCUGAGGAGAAGGCUGUGCUGCUGACGGAAGUGAAUGAGCUGCGGGCACAAGUAGAGAAGAGCAAGGAGAUGGAGCUAGAACUGGGGCAGCUUCGGAAGGAACGGGAAUCCGAGAUAGUUGAGAUGGAAGCCAAGCAAUUAGCACAGAAACAAGAAAUGGCAGCGAAGGAGAGCGACAUUGAAAGGUUGAAGGGGGAAUUGUCAGAGGCGGAAGUGCAGAUCGACGAACAUGUAAGGAGGAGCACUGAGGUUGGGGAAGAAUUGGCCGCUCAGAAGUCUGCACUGGCAGAUGCUCAGAAGGACUUGGAAAAGACAAAGGAGGGCCAUUUGGAGGCCCAGGAAAGUCUGAAGGCGGCCGUGAGUGACCUGCAGGCGAAACUGGAGGCGGCGCAGGGGGAGCUGGAGAGGGCGCGGAAAGAGAGUCUGGACAUGCAGGAGGCAGUCCAGGCGUCGGCGGGAAGCCUGGAGGCUAAGGUGCAAGAGCUGCAAAAGGAGCUGCGAGAUGCUCAAGAGGGGAGAGGGAGAGCAGAGGGAGAAGCAAGCGAUGCGAAGAAGACCUUGGCACAGAUGGACCAGGCUGCUGCCGAGGCCAAGGGCAAGGUGGUGGACCUAGAAUCGAAGCUGAAGACUACCGAGGAGAAACUAGCAGAGACUGUAGCAGCCAAGAACAGAGGGGAGGAGCAGCUUCAAGCAGAACUGGCGAGCCUUCAGGCUGCAAAGGCAGCAAUUGAGGGGGAGAAAGACGCAGCAAAGUUGGCUGCAGAAGAAGGGGUCUCUAAGAGGGCAGAGUUAGAGCGGAAGGUGGCGGAGCUGCAAACGGAAGUAGGGUCAGCAAAGGCAGCACUUGAAGCUUCCGAGGAGAGGGUGGAGGCGGCAGUUCGUGCGCAAGAGCAGACUGUUGCUGAACUGGAGGCGGCGCGGCGGGGUGCUGCGGAGAGAGGGGCUGUCAGUGAGGAGCUAGAAAAGGUGAGGGCAGAGCUGACAUCUGCCCUCCUUGAUGUGGAGGGGGCAGAAAAGAGGGCGAAGGAACUGGAGGGGAUGCUCGUGACUGAGACGGAGAGGUCUGAAGCAGCGAAGAAAGAGGGGGAACAAGCUAGAGUGGAACUGGAGGCGCAACUUGCGGGGAUGCGAGAGGAACUGGAAGCAGCCCAGUCAGAGAUGUCACAGAUUGCGGAAACAAGAAAGGAGGCGGAACUCGCAAAGUCCAAGGUUGAGUCCGGUUUGUCCGAGAUGCGGACGGAGCUUGCAGCUGCUCGUGCCAUGUUGGAAGAGGCACAAAAUGAGGCUAGCGCACAGUCCGCUAGAGCCAUUGAGUUGAGCGCGGAAGUUGCUAACCUGAAAGCGCAACUUGAAGAGCAUGAGGGGGGGAGAGCGGAGACUGGCCAGGCGCCAUCUGACAGUGCCAGGGAGUUUGAGGGUCUCAGCGCCCAGCUGGAAAGACUGGAGGAGGAGAAAGCGCAGAGCAGCGAUGUGGGGACGGCUGUGGCUCAUUUGCAGCGGAAGCUGCAGAUGGCACAGGAGGAGCUGCAGACGGCAUCCCAGCAGCUGAGGGAGGCGCAGCAGGCCAAUGCGGAGCUGCAGGAGCAGCUGGCGGCCACGGAGCCCGCAGGGACAGCGCCUGCCCCGGGAUCCGCAGCAGAGGCGGCGAUGAGCCAAGAGGAUCAGGCAAAGCAUGCUGAAGCCCUGGCGGCUCUAGAGGCUGGCCUGCGGGAGCGGGAUGAGAAGGUGGCGGGGCUGGAGAAGAACCUGGCCCUACUACAGAAGAGGGCCAAGGCGCGCAUCCAGCAGCUCACUCAGGAGAAGGAAGCCGCAGAACAGCAGCUGGCCGAGGCCAUGAAGUCCGCUGCCGAGGCGAGCGCGGCGCGCAGCAGUGCCGCCGAGGCUGCCGGGGUGCAGCACGGGGAGGCAGCGGAAGGGCUGCGCCAGGAGCUGGCCCGCGUGCAGCGGCAAGUGGACCAGAAGGAGACGGCAUUGCAAGAGUCGCGCAGGCUGGCCACAGCAAAGGAGCAGAUGAUCAUGGAGCUGGAGGAGGCCUUGCGUGAGGCGCAGCUGAAGUACGAGACGGCGGACAGUGCGUCCAAAGCCGCCAUCAAGGAGCACGAGGCAGCGCUCGAGGAGAGGGUGGAAGAGGCAGUGGCGGCACGGAAAAAGGCGGAGAACGAUGCGGCUGCGGCGGACGCCAAGCUGGCCGAUGCGCAGCGGCGGCUGACGGAGAUUGAGGCGGCGGCGUCGGGAGAGUCGGCCCGGCUCUCGGCAGCCUUGGAUGAGGCAAAGACACGACUGAAGCGCAUUGAAGAGGAGCACGCCGGAGAAAAGGACCGGUGGCGGGCAGCGGCAGGGGAGAUGAAGCGGAGGCUGACCAAAGCGGAAGCGCAGCGGCAGCACGCGGAGGCGGAGGCAGCGGAGGUGCGGGGAGGGCUGGAGGGGCAGGUCUCGGGGCAGAAGCAGACCAUCGACGACCUGCAGAAGGAGCUGGCGAGUCUCGCAGAAAAGCACACGUGGUUGGAGGCGGAGCUGUCUGCGUACAAGGUGCGCGCUCACGCGCUGCUCAAGAAGAAAGAUCAGGAGCUGGCUGCAGCACAGGAUAGCGCCAGGCUGACCCACGCAGAGGAGGCGCUCGCGACGGCACAAGAAGAGCUCUCUAGGGCGCUUGCUGAGCGAGAUGACGCAGCGGCGGAACUCGCACAGACCCGAGACGACCAUGCAGCGGUGCUAGCAGCCAGGAGUCGCACGCUGGAGGACGCGGAGGCGCGGAUCCGGUCGCUGGCGGCCAGCAGCGAGGCGUUGCGGCAGGAACUGGUGGGACAAAAAGAGGAGGCGCAGGUCCGCCUGCGGGCGGUCGAGGCGGAGUGGAAAGAGCGCGUGGGUGCGCUGAAGGAACGCAUCCAACAGCUCGAGGCGGCGCAGGGCCAGGUGCACGGGGAGAGUACGGAGAAGCUGGCCGGCAUACAGACAGCCUACCAGACGCUAAAGGCGGACUUCGAGUCGUACAAGGCAAUGACGCACGAGAUGCUGGAGGCCAAGGACAAGCAGAUUGAGCGGCUGAGGGACGAAAGCAGCAAGGCGCAACGCCGCGUCUCCCAAGCCGACGGGCCCAGGAUGCAGCACCCGGACAGGCAGCACGACCAGGACGAGGAGGAGGUCGAGAGCAGCUACGGCAGCGCCAAUGGGGGAGCGCCCACGGGCCGGAGCGCGUAUAACGAGGCGUUCUCGCCCCGCCGUUCGUCCUUUGCCGGCCUGCCCACGGAACAACAGAUCAUGGUGUUUGCGCGGCAGCAGGCGCAGCGCGACGAGGAGAUUGCCAAGUGUCGGCGCAACAUUCAGCUGCUGGAGGAGGAGGUUGCGGAGCUGGAGCACGAGAACCGGCUGCGCAGCCAGCAGGAGGCGGUGCUGAAGGAGGAGCUGCGGCGGCUGGACCGCAACGAGAAGCGCGAGAGCGUGGACAUGACGUACCUCAAGAACGUCGUGCUCAAACUGCUGGAAACAGGGGAGGUGAAUGCUCUCCUUCCGGUGUUGCAAAUGCUGCUCCAGCUAAGUCCAGAAGAGGUAACACGAGUGCGUGCUGCUUAUGAAGGCAGCUCGCCUGCCACAGCUCAAAAUGAUGCUGUUGACUCAGGAGCUCUGAGCUUUCUGACCCGAACUUGGUCCUUUGUACCAACACCCACCAAAUCCAGUUAGCGGGCGCUAUUGAAAAGAUUGACGUGUCUGCCUCCAGCCGUUGUGAUUGAUCGAGUGCGUCAUCAAUUCUCAACGUUAGAAGUAGGGUUAGGGUCAAGGAACAGUCGUCUCGUCCGCCCGAGGAGGUCGUAACGGUGAUGCCUCCAACACGAUCAAGUUGGUCUGUGCCUGAGGCAUGCUUUGCAGUAAAUACUGAAAGGGGUGUCUGCCUCUUUAAUAAGUGGAUCCUCUGCAGAGCAGAGUAUUUGGGUCUCCACCGAGG